UCAGGAGUAUAUUGCAUUUUAUGGCAUUCGCAUAUAACAUGAUUUAAACACGAUAAGUUGAGCUAUGUUUGCGUUGAAUUUAUCUGGUAUCUAUUAUUUUGUUUUCCCUCAUCCCUCCUCCGCCAUGAUGUUUUCUAAGUGGACAGCUAACCAGUUAGCUUAGCCCUAAGGCAGCGGACUGAAGGGAGGUGCGAUGGAUGGAUGCGUUGCCCCGCUACGUUGUACAUAUUUGUCUUAGUUAAAACAGUAUGCGCGCUCUCCGACAUAUUCCCCCCUCAGAUAUGCUCCGUGCUGUUGCGGAGGGCUGCUAGUUCGUUAAUAAAUGAUCGAGGAGCAUCGGUUUUUCCUUAUAGUUUGAAGAUUAACGCUAGCCGAGGCUGUUGAAGCGGCUAUACGGCUAGCUCCUCCUUGCUGUCUGCCAUCGCAUUCUUGUGUCUCCUGCCUCAGGAAUGUUCUCCAAAAAACCUCAUGGAGACGUUAAGAAAUCAACACAGAAAGUGUUGGACCCGAAGAAGGACGUGCUGACGAGGCUCAAGCAUCUUAGAAUAGUCAUAGAAAAUGCAGAGCCUGCAGAGCUGAAACAGUUCUUUGACCUGAAUUAUUCCCAUAUCUACUAUGUCUUCUUUGAGAACUUUGUCACCAUUGAGGUCAGCCUCAAGCAAAAAGGUCAUAAGUCCCAGAGGGAGGAGCUGGACUCAAUCCUCUUCAUUUUUGAGAAAAUCCUCCAGCUCCUACCAGAGAGAAUCCAGAGCCGAUGGCAGUUCCACAGCAUUGGGCUGAUCCUCAAGAAGCUGUUGCACACUGGAAACUCUCUCAAGAUCCGUCGUGAAGGCGUGCGCUUGUUCUUGUUAUGGAUGCAGGCAUUGCAGACUAAUGCAGAGCGUGAGCAGCUCUGCAUGUUUGCCUGUUUGAUUCCUGGUUUCCCAGCUCCACUCUGCCAUGGGACUCCACGCACCCUUGAUACCCUGAUCAACCCACCGCUGACUUUGACUGAGACUCAGGUGACCCCAGAAGAAAUCACUCCCCUGGUUCCUCCCCAGUCAGGUGACAAAAACCAAGAAGACCUCAAUGCCUACUUUCUAGAAGCUCUACUGAAAUACAUGGUAAACCAGGCAAAGUCUCUCGAGUGGCGGUGUAAAGAGAACCAUGAACGUGGCUUCAGCUUCCUCUUUGGUCACUUCAGGAAGUUUUACCUUCCUCACAUCUUUCCCAACUUCGCUAUGGAAACCAGCCUCUACAACCCCAUGUUGGAUGUGCCUCCGAUGCGUCCGAAGCCGUACUACAGUGUGGUGCGCAGAGAGCAGGAUGGCGGUGAAACACUGUACUGCACCAAGGAGAGUUUCCUUCAAGCCCGAGUCAUCUUCAUCCGCUGGCUGGUUUCCUUCUGGCUGGAACCUCGACCCAACACACAGACACACAUCCCAGGAACAGAGGGAGAGAACGUCCCCAAGAACAUACAGCGAGCAGCCGCCGGACUGGCUGCUCGAUCUGCAGGCAGCUCAGACGACAGCAGUGGAGGAGGGCUUCGGUCUGACAGCCACCUGGAAGGCAGCAUGAGCUCAUCUGGGCCAGGAGGGGGUAGCAUGGGGCUCUCUGGAGGUCCAGGGACUGUGGGUGAACCUGAGCAAAGCCACUCCAACACAUCUACACUGACAGAGAGAGAGCCCAGUUCCUCCUCACUCUGCUCCAUGGACGAAGAACAGCUGACAGACAUGGAGGUGGUGAGGAGAGUGCUGACCAGCUCCAGAACCAACGUCAACUUCAUCACGGAGAUCUUUAGACAGGCUUUUCUACUUCCCAUGUGUGAGGCGGCUGCAAUGCGAAAAGUGGUCCGUGUUUACCAGGAGUGGAUCUCCAUGGAGGACAAGCCAGUGUUUAUGAAGGAACCAGAGGAGGGCCCUUAUCCUAUAGCCACAGGUGGCAGUCUGGAUUCAGGUUCUCAACUCGGAGACAAAGAAGAUGAGGCAAUGAACAAAGUGAUUGACAGUGAGUUACUGGAGUACAGUGUUCAUGCUGGAGUUCAGACGACACUACAGGUAUUUAUAACCCACUCCUCCAACGUCUUCUUAUUGGAACCAGCCAAUGACAUCAAGAUCCUUUUAGAGGAGCAUGUUGACAUGUGCAAACGAGUCCUGAACAUCUACCGCAGCCUUGUCAUGCAUGAAACCAUGGACCAGAAAACAUGGGAACAAAUCCUCCUGGUUCUGCUGAGAGUGACAGAGUCUGUGAUGAAAAGGCCUCCAUCCAUCAUGCCUCCAGGCAAGAAGAACAACACACUGUCAGGCAGAUUGGCUGGACCCAUCUUUCAGACACUUAUUGUAGCCUGGAUUAAGGGGAACUUAAACGUCUAUAUCAGCAGAGAACUGUGGGACGAUCUCCUCUCAGUCCUGUCCUCUCUAACCUGCUGGGAGGAGCUGGUCACUGAGUGGUCACUCACCAUGGAGACCCUCACAAAGGUGUUGGCAAGGAACCUGUACAGUGUUGAUCUGAAUGAGCUGCCUCUGGACAAACUCAGUGAACAAAAACAGAAGAAACAUAAAGGAAAAGGCAUCGGUUCAGAGGGCCAGCGGCAGAUUGUGGAUCGUUCCUUCUCUAAAGGCUGGAGCAGAGACCAGCCAGGUCAGGCAGCAGCCAUGAGGCAGCGAAGCGCCACCACCGCUGGCUCACCAGGCAUCGAAAAAGCCCGAAGUAUUGUCCGUCAGAAGACUGUGGCCCUGCGUAGCUGCUCUACGGGGGACUCUCUGCUGUCCUCAGCCUUUAUUCGCAGUGCUAAGAGUGCUCCUGCUCUGGCUCCGCCUCUUCCUGUCCUCCUCCACCACCACCACCCUUUACUACCCCCCCUUGCCGACCAGCUGGCAGACCUUGAGGACCCUCCCAUCACGCUGACGUCACGCACCUCUCGGAUGCGCCACUCGUCCCAGAGCGAUGAGGCUCCUCCCACCUCCUGCUCUGAGGUCUUCCAGGGAGGGGCCUGUGACCUGGAUGCCCCAGCCCUGUCCUCCCUCGCAAGGAGCAGCAGUGCCUCAGACAUCAUGGAGCCUUUCAUCGCUGAGCGGGUCAAAGGUGAAGACCCACAGAGGGAUCCCACUUCAAUCCCAAAUCCUCCCCACCACCACUCCACAACUUCUUCCUUACUUGCAGCCAACAGCCACGCAGCUCAACCACUCCCACAAUCCCUCACCUCCCCUUCCCCCACCGCUUUUACCUUGUCCAAUGGUGGUGUUUCCUCGUCCUCAAAGGGACAGGAUGUUGGUAGUGUUUAUGACCAAUUCUGGCCCCAGAGUGGCUCUCGAAAACGAGGUUCUAGUUCUGAUUGGGUAAGUGACUGGGACUCUGCCUUUACCUUUUCAUCUGAAAAGGAAACUGAUGCAGAAGAGGGUGAAUGUGCAGCUACUGUAGAGGAAGAUGAUUUAUUCUCCUCCAUCAGAGAAUACCUCACUCACAAAGGAGGUGAAAGAAAGGAGGAGGCAGGGGGUCGAGAUAGUCCUGCUCAUACAUUAGAAAAUAGUGUUACUUUACCUGCACAGGUGCAAACAGGAGUAGCUAAAACACAACUGGACAAUACAGGACAACUGGGAGAAGCAAAACAGGUGGUAAGAGAUGACAGACAGGUAAGUACAUCAGUCAGACACAGCAGUGUGGAUUCCACAGAGGAGAAUGAGGCAGAGCAGCGGAGUAUCUAUGAGUGCCUUGAGCUGCAGUGUCAGUGGCCAUCACCCCAUGCAAAGGGGAGUGCUAGCUUAGAAAGGAGUAUGGAGGAGAAAAAGGGAGUAGGAGGAAAUACUGGAAGGGCAGCAGGAUGGGAAGGGAAAUUUGACAUGUGGAGUGAAAUAGGAGAAGUGAAACAAGAUGAUAAAGAAACAGCAGCAAAUGACAAGUCAAGUUUAAUUAGACAAGAUGCCAACACAGUUGAAUCGAGCAUUGAACUGACUCCCCAGACUUCAGACCCAACUAAGGCCAGAAUGUCCCGUAGUAGCACCAAAAGGCACCAUUCUGGGGGUGUCCAUGUCAGCUUCCGACCCUCAACUGAGUCUGUCCAGUUCCACAACCCACUUGAGAAUAAGGAGGCCCACUGGAAAGCCAGACUGCGACGACUCAGUCACUUCCACACACAUAGCCACUCAGCUGGGGAGAGACCAGGGGCUGGAGCUGGGGCGGGGUCAGGGGGGAAGCUGGGAGCAGGGGGUGCAGGUAAGUUUGGCUCUGUGGCUGGAAUUAGCCAUAGAACAGGGGCACAUGAGAAACUGUCACCUGGAACUGUUCUGGAUAGCAGCGGGGGAGUGGGCACAGCCGGUGCUGGAGGCCUGGAAAACAGGGCUGGGACAGGAGGGGACAAGGAAAAGCAGCAUCCUGGAUCCUGUGUGGGAUCCAGCAUGGGCCCUGAGGUCCACUCAGAAGUUUUAUCAAGUAGUUCAAGUUCCUCUGGCAUAUCGUCAGGAGUGCGCGGACGUCUGGGGCGUUCAGCCUUGCGAUCUCGAGCCUCCCGCUCACGCUCCCAGGAGCCAGGCAGCACUGCCUCACGACACCACCAGGGGGCUAUUCUCGGUGGUGUCUAUAAGACUGUGGUUCAUGCCCUGUCCUCCAAGCCUCGGCCCAGAGGCCAGGGGUCAUCCCAAGGCUCAUCGCCACAGCGGCAGGGCCGGGCAGCCAUGGGUGAUGCAUCACUAAGGGACCUCUACUCCCAUGUCCUGGGCUACUUUGGACGAAAGACGACCACGCCAGCCAACAAAGAGGAGGUGGUCCAGAAGGCCCGUCCAGUCUCCAGUGACGUAGGAAGCAGUAACCCAAACUUCUCUGACCUCAUGGAUGAGUUUAUCCAGGAGAGACUGAGGGCCAAAGGAACUGCGGGUCGUCGUGGCAGCAGCCCAGGAAGCUUGGAGGUUCCCAGGGACCUGCCGGAGCUCCUGGAGGCUGGUCAGAGUCCCGGAUCACGACCCUCAGAUGACCUUCGUCCCAUUGAUGACCCUGGGGUUCCCUCUGAGUGGACGUCACCUGCUAGUGCCAGUGGUUCCGAUGUCAUCAGCUCUGACAGCCAAUCAGACUCCUUUAAUGCCUUUCAGUACUCCACCUGCAAAUUUGACAAUUUUACUUUUAAUUCCGAGGCCUGUGCAGGAGGAGUUGCAUCUGGUGGCGGAGGAGGAGGAGGAGGUCGAGGCAGCUCCCUGGACCAGGACAGUUUGGGUGGAGGCAUGGCUUGUGAAGAACAGGAAGUAGCCAGUUUGACGACACUUCAUAUCGACUCAGAGACCAGCAGCCUCAGCCACACUGUCACAGUUACCGGUUCUGAGAGUGCAUCGCCCAUGCAUUCCCUCGGGGGCUCUCGCUCCCAGACACCCUCACCUGCCACACUGACAGCAGAACACACUGAUCACACACACUCCCGUUCACACACACAUUUGCAGCUGGACCAGAAGCUCCACAACUCUGUCCUACAGACCCCCGAUGAUCUGGAAACAAGUGAGUUCCCCAGCGAGGACUGCAGUGUGAUGGCAGGCGGCUCUCUAACUGGAUGGCAUGCAGAUGUUGCCACAGUAAUGUGGAGGAGGAUGCUGGGUAUCCUGGGGGAUGUCAACAGCAUCAAGGAUCCAGAGAUUCAUGCUCAGGUCUUUGACUACCUGUGUGAACUGUGGCAAAACCUGGCCAAGAUCAGGGAUAAUUUGGGCAUUUCUCUGGACAACCAGUCGUCGCCACCACCUCCUGUUCUGAUCCCACCCCUGAGAAUCCUCACCCCCUGGCUCUUCAAGGCCACGAUGUUGACGGAACGUUAUAAGCAGGGGAAGCUUCAUGCCUACAAGCUGAUCUGCAGGAUCAUGAAGAGACGACAAGAUGUUUCACCAAACUCAGACUUUCUCACACACUUCUACAACAUCAUGCACCAAGGACUGCUGCACCAAGACCAGGAUAUUGUGAACACCAUUAUCAAGCACUGCAGUCCCAGGUUCUUCAGUAUUGGUCUACCUGGAGCCACCAUGCUGAUCCUGGACUUCAUCAUUGCAGCUUCACGAGUCACUGCCUGCUCAUCACUAAAUGCUCCAAGAGUGGAGGCCCAGAUCCUUCUCGGAUCUCUGGUGUGUUUUCCCAACUUGUAUGGGGAGCUUCCAGCCCUCCACCCCACCACAGCUGAUGUGGUGCUGACCAAGUUCCCUGAUGUCAAGGAGCACAUUAUCAAAACCAUCCUGACCUCUGCCAGGGAUGAACCCUCUGCUCCUGCUAGGUGUGUGGCUCUGUGCAGUCUGGGUAUCUGGCUGUGUGAAGAGUUGGCUCAUGGGACUCAACAUCCACAGAUUAAAGAUGCUCUCAAUGUCAUCUGUGUUACCUUGAAGUACCCCAAUAAGAAUGUUGCACUGGUGGCAUCAGACAUCCUUCACCUCCUGAUCAGUCAUGUGGAUCAUCUUCAGAAGUUCCCACCUGACACUCCAAAGAAGAUCGUAGAGAUUUUAAUCGCCACCAUCACAUACUUGCUGCCCACUACUGAGUCCUCCCCUCAUGAACUCGACAAGAGGCUGGUGGUUUCCCUCCUCUUGUGUUUGUUGGACUGGGUGAUGGCUCUGCCUCCAAAGACUCUUCUACAGCCUGUACAGACGCGAAGCCCCCCAGAGAGAGACCAACCCACCAAGACCCUGCUCAGCUGUAUUUAUAAGGUAUUACAUGGUUGUGUGUAUGGAGCACAGUCUUUCAACAGUCCAAAGUAUUAUCCGCUGCAGCUGUCGGAUCUGUUGAGUCCCGACUAUGACCCGUUCCUGCCAUUAGAGAGCCUCCGAGAACCAGAACCACUGCACAGCCCCGACUCAGAACGCUCCAGCAAACUGCAGCCUGUCACCGAAGUUCGUAGCCGUAUUCAGCAGGGCCUGGUUUCCAUCGCAGCCAGAACAGUAAUCACCCACCUGGUCAACCAUCUAGGACAUUAUCCCAUGUCUGGAGGGCCUGCUACUCUGUCUAGUCAGGUUUGUGAGAACCAAGACAACCCGUUCUGUGAGAGUGCAGAUCUUGGACCAGAACUUUUCCAUUCACCAAACCUACAGUUUCUGGUUCUAAACGGCUCCACGUUGCUCUCAGUGCUACAGAUCCGAUCAGAGUCUGGUGUGCCAGGAGGUGGAAUGACAGCUGGCUUGUCGUCUGCUCCUGCUAGUGUUCGUGUCAUCAUCCGAGAUGUUGCUGGGAAACACUCCUGGGACUCUGCCGUCCUCUAUGGGCCUCCACCAUGUUCCCCAAACAGUCCGGCACACACACUUCUAACACACACACAGUCGCCGCACAGUGCGAAUCUCCAUUUACGCACCCCACCAGGAGGUCCGCCGAAAAAGAUGGGAGUGAAAAGAGAAGAUAGCGAGGAAGAUGGGCAGGAGGAGAGGGGGCCGGAGGAGGGAGGAAGAGGGAUGGAGGGUGACAGGCAAGAGUUUCAGGGAGAGGAGGAGGAGGAAGAAGAGAAAAGGAAAGCAGGAGAGGAGGAGGAUGAAGAUCAGAAAGGAGGUGGAGAUGGAGAACAAGGAGAUGAGGAGGAGCAGGAGGAGGAGAAGGAUGAACAUGGAUUGGAUCGGAAUGGGGAAAGAGGGAAGUUGGCCUUGGAGCAACUUCUAGCUCCACCAUUGGCUAAACGUGUGUGUCGGGAGGCGGUGCCAGCGUUUGACUCGCUGAGAGAAGGAGACGAUGCGUUGGAUGAAAUGCUACAGUACCUCGGAUACUCAAGUCCUGAGUGUCUGCAGAGAGCAGGCAUGCCGCUCAACAUCCCAGCUCCUCCUCCAGCGUGUGUUUCAGAGAAGCAGGAGAACGAUGUGAUCAAUGCCAUCCUAAAGCAGAGUGCUGACGAGCGAGAGUUCGUCCUUCAUAGAGGUGAGGAGUUGAACAUGAGAGCGGUGCAGCAGACUGAACCAGAGACUCAGACGCCACAGUCAGCCUUCUACUACUGCAGACUGCUGAUCAACAUAUUGGGACUGAACUCCUGGGAGAAGAGGAGCAACUUUCAUUUGUUGAGGAAGAAUGAGAAGUUACUGAGAGAGCUGAAGAAUCUGGACUCACGGCAGUGCCGUGAGACCCAUAAGAUUGCAGUAUUUUACGUUGCUGAAGGCCAAGAAGAUAAACACUCCAUCCUGACGAACACAACAGGCAGCCAGGCUUAUGAGGACUUUGUCUCUGGACUGGGCUGGGAGGUGGACCUCACCACACACUGUGGCUUCAUGGGAGGCCUUCAGAGAAAUCGCAGCACGGGCCAGACCACGCCUUACUACGCCACUUCCACUACCGAGGUCAUCUACCACGUCUCCACUCGCAUGCCCCACGACCAGGACCACAACCUCACCAAGAAGCUUCGACACCUGGGCAACGACGAAGUUCACAUCGUUUGGUCGGAACAUUCCAGAGACUACCGCAGAGGGAUCAUUCCCACUGAGUUUGGAGACGUGUUGAUCAUCAUCUACCCCAUGAAGAACCACAUGUAUUCCAUCCAUAUCCUAAAAAAGCCAGAGGUGCCAUUCUUUGGUCCGCUGUUUGACGGUGCCAUCGUGGAUAUGAAGAUUUUGCCGACCAUGGUCAGAGCCACAGCCAUCAAUGCAAGCCGAGCUCUCAAAUCCCUCAUUCCCCUGUACCAGAACUUCUAUGAGGAGCGAGCCCGAUACCUAGAAACCAUCGUGCAGCACCACCAGGAGCCCACCACGUUCGAGGAUUAUGCAGCUCGAGUCUACAGCCCUGCUCCCUGUACUCACCUGCCCUCAGACACAGGCUCCUGCCUCGAGAUUCUUCGGGGAGAAAGUCCGGCUCUUGGGGAGGCCGGGAGCGAUUCGGCGUCCCCCAUGUCUCCUCGGACUAGCAAGAGCCGCAUGUCCAUGAAGCUGCGACGCUCCUCCGGAUCGGCCAACAAGACCUGAGCUCCCCAGAUUCCACGGCUCGGACGGAACGGACACUUCAUAUCGUAUUAGAAAUAUGAGCUCUGCUGUUCCUAAACAAAUUAACUGCUUUGGGAAAAUGAACAUAUCCCUGAUGAUUACGAUGACUGUUCUCAGAAAUUAACCAUCAGGGGUGUCCUUAGAUUUUAACCCAGCUUCUUCAGCAUGCUGCAUUUCUGAUUGGACACUGGCCUUCACUGCACAGAAUCUCAGUUACACAUGCUCUGUUGUACUCUCUAAAAACACAUGUAAUCAUAUUCUGUGGAAUAUAUUAUACUAUGACUUUAUCUGAAAGUGUUCACAAAUGUUGUAUAUAUCUGCAGCUUUGCUUUAAAAACCAUAGAAACCAGUAGAACCAGUGCUGCAGCAUGCUGAUGUUUGUCACAGUAGAAGGUUCAGCCUUAGUAGUGCAGUAUCAGUUCAUAACAAUCUGUGCCAUGUUAGAAAGCGCACAAAUUUCAGUGUAGCCAGGACUGCAAAACGCUUACGUAUGUCACAAUUUACUCUACAAACGGCUGAUGGAGAGAACAUUCAGCGAGGUCAAACUGCACCGCAAAGAAAAGCAGAGUCUGAGCUGUUGAAUGUCGCUGAGGGAAUCUGUAUAUUUGUACUAUAGUCAGUGUGAGUGUGUACAGACGGAGGCAGGAGGGCUGCAUGGAGAAAGCUAGAUAAAAGUCUAUUUUUGUUGUCAGUGCAUCGCAGACAUGUAGAGAUGAAGGCAGGGUUGGUGUGGCCUCCUUAAAAUGUAAAUACAAACUCAUUCAUUUGCUAACAAUAACAGAAGCAAGCAGCCAAAACUGUUCUUUCCCAUCAUUUGAAUCCAGAAUUAAAUCCCCGCCCAAACUCUGAAAGCUGAAAGCGAGCUGACCCUCCUGAUGUGAGGAACGGCGUUUUAGGAAGGAUGGAAAAAGCGUUACUCUUAUCAAUUAUUGUAAACUGAUCAAAGAGGAAGCACUUGUUACACAAUGUUUAUUGUGGCUUUUCUUUUGUUCUCGCUCAUGCUGUAAAACGUGGACAAGCACUGAUGAUCUUUUUUUUUUGCUCAUUUUUUUCUAAAUUGACUGUAAAUUGUGUUUUGACCCGAACAAGAAUGCUGUAUUUUUAGUCCCUCUGUCAUCCGAGGCAAGAAACCACAGCUGUUUGUUCUUUGACUACAUAUAUAUAUAUUCUGUAUAUCUAUAUAUGUAUGAGUAUAAAUAUAUAUAUAGUAGAUCUAUGAAUAUCUCUAAGAAUGUGUACAGUGUGAGGAAGCUUGUUGUGUAUAUAUAUGGUUAUAUGAGAAUAGCUGCCAAAGCCAAACUGUGGUUGAACUUCAGACCACAUAUUUGCUAAAAAAAAAUAGGUCAACACUACAAGAUUUCAGGCUUCAGCAGUCGGCACUUCAUUCUGUAGGAAUUUAAAGGUGAUAUUAUUUUACUCAGUUCAGUGCUCAGCCGUGGUGCCACAGCCAGAUUCUGGAAAAUCAGAGGAAAACUUGGUGUUUGUGUGAUUGUUCUCACUUUGUUUCCCUCUUUAAACAUGAAUUAUUGUAAAGGUGGAGCCUCAUGUGAAACCCAAUAAUACUGUUUGAACUCAGCAACACGUCAGCUACUAAUUUAGGGUUCUUUUGGGUUCAUAAUACACCUAAUAAAUGCCAGAUAGACAAGUUUAGGCCUUUAGUUUAGUGUUCAAUGAGCCCCUGUAUCUUUCUUCUGGAGGCAAUUUAAAGGCGACAAAUCAAAGUGGUCAAAGAGAGACAUAGCCAAAGAGGGGUAGCAGAAAGACAUGAGUUUAUUAUUACUUUUUUCUUCUUUUUGUAAUUUUACUAUUAAAUCCACUCUUCUAUUUAGACUCGUCCCCAGUUUCUCUUGUGGAUGGAGGGGAUCAGAUUGCAGUGUUGUGUGGUUGUCCGUGUUUCAACACUCCAUCAGUUCAGUUUACUAUAUAUAAAACUGACUAAUGGCCCCAAAAAUUUACCUGAGAACUACAAAGUUUCUCUCUAAAAGUCAAGGCUGUGGCUUUUCAGGGUUUGCCACGAUUGUAUGCUUUUUCAUUCAUUUUACACGACGGCUUGUUACUUUAUUUUCUGUUGGCCUGACUGAUCCCUGAUAGAGGAAGCAUGUUUAUGUCAGAUCUGUGUUUAAAAAUAUAGAUCUCUGUUAAAGGUUUUGCUUCACUGCUUGAAGUCUGUGUGUACACAGCCGUAUUGUUUUUUUUUUUAUUAUUUUUGUUGCAGCCAUAGAUUCUCUGUAGAGAGGAAAGGGAUUGUACAACUUUUUUUUUGACCCUUUAUGUGGGGUUGAAAUUUUUCAUUUAAAAAAAUGCCGUUGUAAAAUGAGGUCAGAUUCAUGUACUGUUACUUUGUGUGUGAGUGUUUGAAGUCAGCUGGGAUUUGAGUUGUCCCUUUAAAUUAUUGCUGUUGCAGUUGUUCUUUUUGCUGAGGUGGAAGCAGCGUGGAUUGGUUAAAUGAUCUGUACAUGCUGUAAAUACACCACAGAUCGCUGACUGUGUCCCGGUUUCUUUGGUUACAUCCCGUAAACACACUGACAGCCUGUUCGGUCUGCAUCCCAGACUCCGUCCCAGUCCCUAUGCCACACAGUAACGCCUCCUUUAAGCUCUAACAUUAAAAUCCCUGUGACUCUGUUUGACGCCUGGAGUCCAGAUGCUGCUUUAAAGAUAGUUUUAGAGAUUGUAAAUACUCGUCAGGAUUGCAUUUUGGUAAUAAUAACCUGUGUUUAGUUAAAAACUCUGAUUAGCAAGAACCAAAAUUAAAAAAAUUCAUAUCAGCGACACUCAGCCAGUCAGAUUGGACACGUUUAGCCUUUUUGUUCCAAAUCUGACCCCUCUGUUGCUUUCUUCUGUGAGGAAAAAUUAAUCUCCCUCCAUGUUCGAGCUGCAGCAGCGUCAGUUGCCCCUCAUCAAUAAAUGUGUUCAACUUGUGUGCCUGUCAGUGGAUCUCUGAGUGUGAUGGAUACGGGUUCAGCUGUUGUCCACAUGUUAGUUUGGGACGGAGCUGAUAUAUGUAACUACUGAUUAUACAUCCUGCAUGACACCAGUUCACUACUAACUGCAUGUUUUGACCGGCUGUAUCACCACACACACACACACACACACACACACACACACACACACACACACACACACACACACACACACACACACACACACACACUCACUCUCCACACUCCUCAAAAUAUGUUACUGUCAAACCUGUAGUAUGUAAACAUGUGGAACGUCUAAGUCGCAGGCAGUGUGGAUGUGUGAUGAUGGCAUUUGACAAUAAAUGAUUCGUACCAACAA